AAAAGAAAAGGCCAGACUCCAGUGCAAGGGAGACCGAGAAAGUGGUUGACUGUUUGGAAGACUUGGUCAAGCUUGGAGACCUUAUCGUGUCUCUUGCCCUAUAAAUAGAAAACUAAACUUAUUAUUUGGCAGCCUGGAAGCCUUGGUCAAGCUUGGAGACCUAAUCGAGUAACUUGUCCUACAAAUUUAAACUAAAUUUAGAUAUAAACAUUGGUUUCAUGUGGGAAAAAAAUAAAGAUUUCUUGCCUAUAAAAAUAAACCAUUCUGUAUUAGCCGUCCAUCCCUACGCAAACACACUGAUUAGUUCCCCAAUCUCAAGACAAGCAUACUCUCUCUCUCUCUUUCUCUCUCUCUCUCUCUCAGACACACACACAAUGGCACCUUCAAUGACUUCAAUGGAGGCAUCAAUUGGUAAUGAAUCCAAAGUAGCAAGCAUCAAAACCCUAGCUGACUCAGCUGCUCUCACUUCUGUACCUUCCGAGUACACCUACACCAAAAAUCCCAACGACAUGGGAGAUGCAAACGACCCAGAACAUUCAAUCCCCAUCAUUGAUUUUGCUCUUCUCACCUCUGCCUACCCUGAUCAACGGGCACAAAUGAUCCAGAAGCUAGGCAGAGCUUGCCAAGAAUGGGGCUUCUUUCAGGUGAUCAACCACGGUGUACCAGAGAGCUUGAUGGAAGCAAUGGUUGAUGCGUGCCAAAGAUUUUUUGAGCUGCCGGAGGAGGAGAAGAAGGAGUUCCAAACAAGGAACCUGCUGGACCCAAUCAAGUGCGGCACCAGCUUCAAUGUCGCAAUCGACAAAGUUCGCCUCUGGAGGGAUUAUCUGAAGGUCAUCGCACACCCCGAGUUCAACUCACUCUACAAACCGGCUGGAUAUGGUGAGGUUUCAUUGGAGUUCAGCAAAAGAACCCGAGCAGUGGCAACCGAAAUAUUGAGUGGAAUAUCAGAGAGCUUGGGAUUGGAGUCCGAUUACAUUGCUAAGGCCAUGAAUUGGGAUCGCGGCUUGCAAAUUCUGGCAGCGAAUUACUACCCGGCUUGCCCGCAGCCCGACCUGGCAAUCGGUAUUCCUCCUCAUACCGAUCACGGACUAGUGACGCUGUUGAUUCAGAAUGAUAUGUGUGGCCUUGAAGUCAAGCACAAUGAUAAGUGGGUCUUGGUGAAUUCCGCUCCGGGCUCUUUUAUUGUUAACGUUGGUGAUCAAAUGCAGAUUCUGACAAACGACAAGUACAAGAGCAUAUGGCAUCGAGCAACUGUGAACAACACAGCAACGAGGAUAUCGAUCGCCGUACCACAUGGACCGGCACUGGACACGCCCACUCUACCGAUCCCGGAGUUGCUAGAAAAGGAAGGUGAAACAGCAAAGUACAUUGGAAUGACAUAUGAGAAAUUCAUGGAACUUCAGGCAAGCCCCGCUGCCUACAUGGUGCCUUGCUUGGAUCACCUGCGCGUCAAGGACAAUUGAAGUGGUCAAUCUCCUAUAAGAGAUUUGAUCUACUUUCUAUGAGAGAUUCAGAGCAGCAGUUGUCCAAUUUUUCCCAUGUUGGUCGUUUCUUGAUUUCAUUCUACAUUUAUUCUUUUAUUCUUGGCCUGAAGACUCAGAUUUUAUUUGUAAAUCAUUAUUGCAUU